GGCGCCUCUUGAGAAGAAGUUGAAAACCCCUCACUCACACUUUCACCGCUACACUCUAAAAAACCCUAGUAAGUUUCAGCCUCUUCCUUGAUGGAAAUCCUGGUCAAGCAACCUCGAGUCCAUCUCCAGGCUGUAUGCUCUGAGGUGAUCUUCACGUAAUGAAACUCCAACUCACAGGUUUAUCCCAAACAACAGAGAGAUAAAGUGUUUGAAGAUGGAUGUGGAGACUCUGCUGAUGGAGAUCUGACAAAGUAUAAUUGCUUUGAUGGUGGUGUUGAAAAAAUAACUCAGAGAGUAGUCGUUCAAUUCUUGAAGAAGUUUUGCUCCCUGGUCACUGUCACAUUCUCCGAGCAUUUUUUGUAAUGUUAUUCCUUGAGCCUAUUUUUUUGCUUUCUGUUUUUAAUGUUAGUCACCGUGCCUUUGAGUUUUUGUUUUUUUGCUAUUUGACUACUUAUGAGCUCUCUGUCUCAAAUGGAGGAAAUAUGGCCAGAAAGUUGUCAAGAAUAGCAUUCAUCCGAGGUAAUGCCACAUAAAAUGCAGAAGAGAAUAAUACAUUGUUGAUGCAUAUUAACUGAGCCCAGGCUAAUCGAAAGGGAAGGGAGAAAAUAGAAGCCAAGGACUUUGUGAAACGGCUUCUAAACAAGGACUACAGGAAAUGAUAGUUGUCCAAGCUCUAAGUAGAGGACACGCUUAAAAGAAGUUUUGCCGAAUUCCAUGCUCAGAAAAAGCUUCCAGAAAUGAAACAGCUUUUGAAGCGAAAACUUGACCAGCCCCGAAAGGCUAUUGAGAUGAGUCAAAUGACUUGAGUGAAACUUAUUACUCAUACACCAGCUCAACUCGAGAAAGCUUUGACAAAUGUUCUUCUUUAGUAUUCAGCAAUGAAAAAUCUUAUCCUGAUUACAAAAGUGAUGAUAAUGAGCUGUCAUUUUAGACUCAGAGGCAAGUAAAAAUUUUACUUAUGAUAGAACAACUGAAGUCAAAGCUUUUGAUGAUACAAAACUAGGUGUAAAAGGCCUAUUAGACUCUGGUGUAACAAAGAUUCCACGCAUGUUCCAUCAUGGACAAUUAGACAUGCAUGAGAUCUCAAAAGAAGACUCAAAGUUGAUUGUUCCCAUUAUAGACCUCCAAGACAUAGAAACAAACUCAUCCCUACGAGUUGAAGUAGUUGACAAGAUUCGAAAUGCAUGCCAAAAGUGGGGAUUUUUUCAAGUGAUCAAUCAUGGUGUUGGUGUUGAAGUGUUGAAUGAGAUGAUAUGUGGAAUUCGUAGGUUCCAUGAACAAGAUGCUGAGCUAAGGAAAGUCUUUUACUCCAGAGAUAAUAAUAAGAAAGUCAGAUAUUUCUCUAAUGUGAACCCUUACAUAAGUAAGGGUGCUAAUUGGAGAGACACAAUUUCAUUUUUUCUGACUCCUGAUCCUCCCAAUCCAGAAGAAAUACCAAUAGUAUGCAGAGACAUUGUGAUUGAAUACUCAAAGAAAGUAAGGACUUUGGGGGACACAAUCUUUGAGCUAUUUUCAGAAGCACUUGGCCUUAAUCCUUCUUAUCUCAAAGAAUUGGAAUCUACUGAUGGACAAUUUCUUUUGUGUCACUACUACCCUACUUGUCCUGAACCUGAAUUAACGUUGGGCACUUCUAAGCACACUGAUGGUGACUUCAUGACAAUUCUUCUAGAAGAUCAUAUGGGUGGUCUUCAAGUUCUUCAUGAGAAUCAAUGGGUUGAUGUUCAUCCAAUGCAUGGAUCUCUUAUUGUAAACGUUGGGGAUUUUCUGCAGCUCAUAACAAAUGGUAUGUUUGUGAGUGUUUAUCAUCGGGUCUUAGCGAGGAACACAGGUCCCAGAAUUUCAAUAGCAAGCUUUUUUAUAAACACAUCAGCACAUGAUACAUCAAAGGUUGUAGGUCCAUUAAAGGAAUUGUUAUCAGAAGAAAAUCCUCCUAUCUACAGGGACACUACUGUUAAAGAAGUGAUGGCACAUUACUUUGAUGAGAAAGGCCUUGAUGAGAACAUUCCCUUACAACCUUUUAGGUUGUGAAGAAAAUGUUGAGCAUUAGAUUGAAACCUUCUUGAUUUCUUUGGAGUUUGAUUUGUGUGAUUUUUAUGGACUAUGAUUUUCAAUUUUUCAUUACCUUAUGAAUUUUUAAA